AUGAAGCUCGCAGUUGCUGUAUUGUCAUCGAUCCUGUUUGCCUGCUCGGUUACUAUUGCCAAUCCAAUCGAUCCCAGUGCAACUACAAGCACCGAGUCUAACACCUCGCCAACUCAUAAUCCAAACGGUAUAGGCUUAGGCGGUCUUAAUCCACUUCCAAACAUCAUCAAGGAUUUGCUCGAAAAACACCUAAAGCUAAAUCAUAAUCGUAAUCAUUAUGGAAGAAUAUGCAACUCCUUAAAAUCUGAAUAUGAGGAUCAAAAGAAACUGGUAAUGAACUUGGGGAGAAAGAUUCAAGUUUUGAAACAUAAAGCUCAAGGAAACAGUGGCGGUCCAAAAUAUGAUGAUGAAAUUCAGGAGACUAAGGUUGAUCUUAAAGCUCAAAAAGCCAAACUUGCCGAUCUUGGAAAAGACUACCAUGAGUGCGAGUCCGAAUGUAAUAGUAUUAGUUUUGAACUGGAACUCGUCGAAAUAGAUCUUGUGGAACUCGUUUUUGGAGGGCCUUGGGAUCCUAAAUCAUUUGGUCAGCAACUUUCGCUUAUCGGCAAACAUCCUUCCGUUAUGGAAUACUUUGACGGAUCAGGUAAUAAAGGACAAUCAUCAGGACGCAGUAAGCGUCUUGGUCAGAAACCUAGUGGCCAACAACAGCAUCAAGAUUCACAACCAUCACCGGAUACACCAUCUGAAUCUGGAUCCACUGGACAGGGAGCUUCUUCCAAUAGACGGAAAGGUUCAUCCAAGUUUAUGAAUGGAUUGAAAUCAUUCUUUCAGCGAUCCAGACGUGACGAUCCAUCCAAUUGA